UUUUUUUUUUUUUUUCUUUUCAUCUCUUGCUCUGUUCAGUUUUGCUUACCGAAAGAGCCAAAGGAGAUUCUGAUUGAGGAAUUGAACAGAAAUGGGGAGACCACCAUGCUGUGACAAAAUAGGAGUGAAGAAAGGGCCAUGGACUCCUGAAGAAGACAUAAUCCUGGUCUCCUAUGUCCAAGAACAUGGCCCUGGCAACUGGAGAUCUGUUCCCACUAACACAGGACUGUCAAGAUGCAGCAAGAGCUGCAGGCUCAGAUGGACUAAUUACCUAAGGCCAGGAAUCAAGCGUGGCAGUUUCACUGACCAGGAGGAGAAGCUCAUAAUCCACCUCCAAGCUCUCUUAGGCAACAGAUGGGCAGCCAUAGCUUCUUAUCUUCCGGAGAGAACAGAUAAUGAUAUCAAGAAUUAUUGGAACACGCAUCUGAAGAAGAAGCUGAUUAGAAAGCUGGAAAUCGACGUCGAAAUAGAUGGGGAGUCCUCAAUCAACAAACGUACAGCCUUCUCAAACUACCAGCCAAUUACUAAGGGACAGUGGGAGAGAAGGUUACAAACAGACAUAAAUAUGGCCAAACAAGCUCUACAAGAGGCCUUGUCCAUGGAGAAGCCAAGCUUCUUGUAUGAAACAAAGCCUUCUUGUAGCAGCCAUAGCUCGAACAACAGUCGUCCGCCAUCAUCGAUGUAUGCUUCAAGCACCGAGAACAUAUCGAGAUUGCUCCAGAAUUGGAUUAGGAAACCGCCUAAUCCAUCAUCGGACUCCGACCGAGCUAACUCAGCAGAGUCGACUCAGCUCUCAGUCGCCGCCAAUUCGUCAUCGAGCGAGGGGAAGACAGGAAGCUUUGGUGAUAACAAGAGAAGAAAUAUAGUUUCUCCUGAGGCCUGUAGUGUGUUCCAGGUGGAGAGCAAGCCAACCUUGGAGCCAGAGUUACACUUUUCAUUGCUUGAGACAUGGCUGCUUGACGAGAGUUAUGCGGGAGGGAAUGAUAGCAAUAUGCUUGAUAUAGGUCUCGAUGAACAUGAGCUAUUUUAAUUAAUUAGAAUGAGUUUAGAAGUGGCUUUUAAUUUGCUUAUAUAAUCCUGUAAUACUAAUGAAACAGGUAUGAUGAUCUCCAUAGGAGAGAUUAUUAGGUGAGUCCUGCUCUAAUUUUUUCCCUGCUCAGUUCUCAUAAAGAAGUUUGUCACUGUGCAGGGAAAAUAAAAUAUGGGUACUCAAUUAAUAAUCUUUCUCUAAGUAGACGGACGUUUCAAAAGAAAUUGUAAAUUAGUCAUGUACGUAGAUCUACAAAGAUAUUGUGUUUUUGUGGAAAAAAAAAUUUAAGAAAGUCGAGCAAAGUUGCUUAACUGUUUUUAUAUAUAAAUGUCAUAAACUGCGCGCGCGCUUCAACUGUAUGUGUGUUAUAUGAUGAUUAGUAUUCAACAUAAUUAUAUUUGGAUUC